GUCAUGAAGGCACCGUGUCCCGAAUACGUCAAACUGUUACUGCUACUGCUGCUUGGACCGGGAAUUAAACAAGGUGUGUUGAUAGUUGGAGUGGACAGAAGGGAUCCAGCUGUGAGCGAUACACACAGCACAUCCUCGCCUGAGGGCGGAACAGAUACAGUCUCCACAGGACCUUGACUUUAGUCCACACUCAGACAGCGGAACAGUGGAAACUCUAUCCUGAAUCCAACACUGACAAGUGUUAAACAACCAUGAGCAUGGGGAGUCCAGGCUGUGAACACACUGCACACUCACCUCUCUACAUCAGCCACACCCACACACAAACCAUGGCCUGGCUGGACAAGGCGGACGACGUCAAACCCCCCCGCGGCUUGUUGGGGCUGCCCGAGCUCAGCUGGCCGGGGGUCUACCUCCCCUGCUACGACAUAUUAGCCCUAGAGGAGAGCCCCUGGGUGCUGAGGAUGACGGAGGCCCCGGCUCCAGCCGCUCCUCCCUCCAGGACUCCGGAGCCGAACCAAGCCAAGCUCGGGCAACCCCAGGACCCCCCCUCUGGGAUGGAGGGUCAGGUGGAGGAGCGCAGUCUGGAGCAGGUCCAGACCAUGGUGGUGGGGGAGGUCCUGAAGGAUGUCGACACGGCUUGCAAACUGCUGAACAUUGCGCCAGACCCCAUGGACUGGAGCUGUGUGCACGUUCAGAAGUGGCUCCUGUGGACCGAGCACCUGCACAAGCUGCCGCAGGUCAGCACCAUGUUUCAGGAGCUGAGCGGGAGGGAUCUGUGCUCCAUGACGGAGGCCGACUUCAGACAACGCUCCUCACAGUUUGGAGACAUGCUGUAUGCUCAUCUGGACAUCUGGAGAUCUGCUGCAGCGAUGAAGGAGCGCUGCCCACCAGACCACAGCAAAUCUGUAGCUGGUGAUAAUUCCUGGUCAGAUGUGGUGCGGAGCUACCCCAGCCAGCCCAUCCACCUGUGGCAGUUCCUCCGAGAGCUGCUCCUCAAGCCUCACAGCUACAGCUGCUGCAUCCGCUGGCUCAACAAAGAGAAAGGAAUUUUCAAAAUAGAAGACUCGGCUCUCGUGGCCAGGCUAUGGGGCAUGAGGAAGAACCGGCCGGCUAUGAACUAUGACAAACUGAGUCGCUCCAUUCGCCAGUACUACAAGAAAGGCAUCAUUCGAAAGCCCGACGUAUCGCGCAGACUGGUCUACCAGUUCGUCAACCCCAUAUGAUGACGGGGCUCGGCUGAGCCGAAGAGAAUGAGUCGAGGAGGAACCGAAGAUAUGCUGGACAUACAGUAGGAGGAACAUGAACUCUGGAGCUCGUUCAUUCAUUGUACUUGAUGUUUCAUUUCAAUUGUAAAGACUGCCUACUAAACGAUGCACUCCUGCCUAUAACAUAACAUAACAUCGCUCUACUUUAUUGUUCUUAAUAGUGAUUUUAUUUUUGUCUUUAUCACUCGUUUGAGAUGUAUUGUUUUUGGUGUGAUGUUUGGAUUCUAAAAAGGACACCCAUUCUUCAAACUAUGGAACAUUUGAAAGACAUGCUUAUUUGCUUUCUUGCCGUUAGAUGAGGUUUGAUCCCACUCUCGUACAUGUGAGUGGUAUAGAUCUUCUCAGCUGAGUCUUGGUGAGAAGCAAACGUUUGUCCCCCCCAAAAUGUCAAACUAGUCCUUUUAAUUUUGUUAAUCGCUUUUAAGUGUCAGA